AUGACUCUAUUUUUGGACCGUGUUCUGACGGUGCAUGACAACUUUUAUAAUCUACGGCUCUGGCUGCAGAACCGCCUCACAGACUGGUUCUGGCAGGUCCAGGAGGUGCUGAAGCAUGCUUGGCAUUUUAGGGGAAGGAAGAACCGCCGCUACAGGCUGGUGGUCAGGGCGGUGACCAGAGCCGUCGUGAAGGGCACACAGGCCCGCAGACUGAAGAAGCAGAACCUGAGUACCCUCUGGAUUAAUCGAAUUUCAGCUGCCUCCCAGGAACAUGGCUUACAGUACCCAGCAUUCAUGGUCAAUUUAAUUAAGUGCCAGGUGGAGCUCAACAGGAAGGUACUUGUGGACCUGGCCAUCUAUGAACCAAAGACUUUUACAUCUUUGGCAGCUUUGGCUAAGAGGAGGCAGCAGGAAGGAUUUGCUGCAGCUCUGGGGGAUGGAAAGGAGCCAGAGGGCAUCUUUUUCAGAGUGGUACAGUACCACUGA